GAGCCAGAGGUGGUAUAAAAGGAAAAUUAAGGGCAAAAAGUGUGCAUUUACCGUGUAGCCUCUGAGCCAGCAGGACGGCCCCUCUCUGGCACCAUGAAGGUGUACGUAAUGCUUUUGGUCGCUCUGGCUGGCCUCGCCUUGGCUGACCAUCCACCUCCUUCCACUGGCUAUGGCCAUCCACCCUCACCAAGCUACGGCCCUCCACCUUCACCAAGCUACGGCCCUCCACCUUCACCAAGCUACGGCCCUCCACCUUCACCAAGCUACGGCCCUCCACCUUCACCAAGCUACGGACCGCCAAAAGCAACCUACGGGCCGCCAAAAGCAACCUACGGACCUCCUCCAACAGCCCAUUAUGGUCCACCCCCUGUUAUCAUGCACUACGCACCCCGACCCAGCUAUGGCAAAGGCAAAGGGAAGGGCAAAGGUUCAUUUGGCUUAGGCUCGAUCAUCAAAGCCAAGGAUUACGCACUGAAGGGAAUCAAGGAUAAAAUCAAGAGCGGCUAUGAUGUUAUGAAAGGAGGCUAUGACUCAAUGAAAGGAGGUUUUGACAAAAUGAAAGGAAGUUUUGAUGCCAUGAAAGACAAGUUCAUCGGUGACCUGCAGGACAAGUUUAAGUCCUUCACCAGUAAGGGCAACAAGGGCGGCAACAAGGGCGGCAGCAAGGGCGGCUACCCCGUCUACGUGGUGCCAGUGCAAAGUUACGGUCCUCCUCCCAAGGCCAGCUACGGUCCUCCUCCCAAGGCCAGCUACGGUCCUCCUCCCAAGGCCAGCUACGGUCCUCCUCCCAAGGCCUCCUCCCAAGGCCAGUUACGGUCCUCCUCCCAAGGCCAGUUACGGUCCUCCUCCCAAGGCCAGUUACGGUCCUCCUCCCAAGGCCAGCUACGGCCCUCCCCCCAAGGCAACCUAUGGCCCUCCCCCGACCAGUUACGGUGCUCCCCCCACGGGCCACAUCCCAUACGGUGCCCCAAAACCUGAAGAUAUCGUCCUAGUCGACACUGGAUAUGGCGUCCCCUCCGUGCCUCACCACCCAGCCCCCGUGCCUCACCAUCCACCACCAGUACCUACCUCCAGCUACGCCGUUCCCCCUACAGCUCACUAGGACCCGCCUAGCGUCCAAUAGUAUGGGUGUAUGCGUGUGUGUACUUCAGCUGGUGCUCAAGAACAAACCUUCGCCUGGCUGUAACUCUACGUGCGCCUGACGACACUCGCUUCACCUGGCGGUAACCCGACCUUUCAUGCAGCCAACGGCACCCUCUUCGCCUAACGGUAACCUGACUUCUCGUGCGCCCAAUGACACCCUGGCCAUUGUCUGCCAUAUGACCAGUUUUUGUAACACUACUUACGUUAUGUAUAAUUAUGAUGUAUAUCUGUGCUGUGUACACCUCUAUGGUGUAUGCAAAUGGUAGGUAUACCAAUGUAAUAUAUAGAUGUGCAAUGUAUACGUGUGCCACGUAUAUUUUAGGUUCGUAUACCUAUGCUAUGUAUACCUGUGUUAUGUAUAUUUUAAGUAUAUAUACAUAAGAUAUGUAUAACUCUGUUAUGUACAUAUUAGGAUUGUAUACAUAUGCAAUGUAUACCUGUGCUAGGUAAACAUUUGCCAUAUAUAAUUGUAUAAUGUAUACCUGAACAACAACUAAGUGUAUUAACGUACGUAUAUAUGAUAACAGCCUUAUAUAGAUCACCAAGAUCUGGUUCUCAGGGGAUCUUAUGUCUAAAUUUUCCUCAACAGGAGACGGUAGAACAUAUCUGAUAACUCAAGUAAGUUAAGGUAUAAAAUCGAUAUCAAAAUGGCGUCGAAAUUGCCCUAAGCCUCUACCGUUAUCAGAUAAGUUCUCUUGUUCCCCAAGCUAUGGAAGAGAAAUUUAACCAAUGAAUCUUUGAGGAUCUGGAACCUAACCUGCUCGAGUCCGUCUUAUACUGAUGAAUGUAACUUUGCUUUGUGCUCGUAGAGGACUUAGCGUCUAGGAUUCCUUCAGACUUCUUUGUGCAUCUGUAUAUAUCUUUAGAAACCUUUUAACAUUUAUAAGACUCUUUGGUACGACUUGGGGUCUCCUUGAUGCCUUGCAAUGUCCUCUGAGACUCCAUUGAUGCCUUGUGAUGUCCACUGAGGCACCUUUGAUGCCUUGCAAUACCCUCUGAGACACCCCGGAGAGCCUUUGGGCGCCGAGAGGACUGUUAGAACCAAGAGAUGAACAAAAGGGAUCAAGAAGCUGGGUUAAAACACUGACAGAAGCUUGUUUAUCUGUUUGCGUGUUUACUGUCACCUGCCCCCUUCCCUCGCGUCACCUGCACACAGUUGUUGUAAUAGUGUCUUAUCAUUUUGGUCGCCGCACUAAAAAAUGUACAUAUUAUAUAUUUUUUGUUGAUUGUAACUAAUGCUUUCUUUGUCAAUCUCCUGUGAAUUUUUUUAAGGUCAAGAAUUUAAAUAUUUUGAAUAGAGCAAAUUGUCUCAUACACGUUGGCUCAAAAUACCCAGCUGGGGUCCACAUCACAGUCUGCAAGCUCUGUUCACAUGGCAUUGUUGUAGAAAUAGUAGCAGUACCAGUAUUACAGUUAAGAAACUCCAGAUUUAACAUGCGAUAGUUAGUUCUCACAGCAAUACUUUCACUUCUUAUAUGUAACUUGUCCUCCAGUCUUUCAUUCUUUAUGAACUUAUUUCUACUUUCUUUUGAAUCUAUUCUACUUUCUUACAGUUUGUACGUCGUUCAAACUUUCGUUGAAGAAGAUAUUUGUUGGUUCUCGUGGGACUUUGGGGUGAAGCAUACAGGUGACCCAACCACACAACUGAAUUCAGACAUAUUUACUCCACCUCACAAGCGGUAGUUAUCGACCAAGCUCUUGUGUUUGAUGUAAUUUAUCUGGAAAUGCCAGAUCGAUGAACAUCAACAAAGGGACAAACAAAAGCUGACUGUCACGUGGUCAUUAGGUAUAAGCUAGUCUGGGUGGAGGUGUGAGGAAGACAUUAAAAGUACAUGAAUAACGUAUAGAUAUUUAACAGGGUCCCUCUUCAUUACUUAUCUCUCAACCCAUUACAGGAAACGAAAAUUUGAACGACUUAGACAAUGGUGUGCAUACACAGUUGAGACAUAGCUGAUUUAUAUGAUUCAGAUUUUGUUUCAAUACCAAAGACAUUACCGGAGAAUUCUCAUUAGUUUUCUUACAACAGUGUAACUUGAGAGCCCAGAGUUGCCACUCCAACCUUUCCUUACUCUAGCGUUCACACCAUACCUCCAGCACAUCAUCUCCACCUAGCCACUGUUGGUGUGUGGUGGAGUAUGGUUGUGUGAGUGGUGUUGUUCUUGUUAAAUGACCACUCAGGUUCUCUCUUGACACAAUUUCCUUCCCUCUCUUUUACCUUACUCUGAGCUAGACAUUCAUCCACUCAAGUGUUCACUCCUACUCUGUGUUAACUUGUACAUGCGACUGUGUACUCCCAGCAUUGUGUGACUGUAGAUAUAACUCACACUUGUCACUAGCUUAUAAUAUUAUUUACACUUACUAUAAGCCAGCCACAGUAAACUUACGACUCUAUUUGUAAGGAAGUUACUUUUUAUUUAAGUUUAUAAAUCAUGAACUGUAUAAAAUAAUUUUCUAAAGGAUUGCAUUUUCCUUAGAGGUGAGGAAGAUGACGUCAUAUAGUCAAUAUGAUGUUAUUCUGACUCUGUUUUAAUAUUUCGAAUGUUGCAGUUAAGGAAAUAUUUACUAAAAAAUGCCUCUUGGGAAUAAUGUAUCACUAAGACGUGUUCUGGUUCACUUAAGCUCUACAGGAUAGAGCGAAAACUUGUCUGUAUGUCAUGUUCAAAAUAAAUUAAGACAUGUGA